AUGAGACCGCGACUUGUUACCGCCACUGAUAAACCUCUUGAUUACAUUGAGAAAAGCAGUUCGAUCUACCAGUACUCCAAGACCCAAACGUAUUUCGAACAAUGCUUCAAGAUUGUACGUCAACUAGGAAAGGGCGUAUUCGGAGAGGCCCUUGAAGUAGAAAAUCUGGAAGAUGGCAAACGAUAUGCUAUUAAAAGAGCUCUUUAUACAUUUGAAAGCUCUGGAAAUCGUCGGCAAAAGUUGCAUGAAGCUCUAGUGCACGAGUCAAUUCCUGCACAUCCAAACCUUGUCGGAUUCGUGAAGGCAUGGGAGGAGAGAGGUCGACUCUACAUCCAAACAGAACUGUGUGGAUCUAGCCUGGCCGACUAUCGACGCUGCUUUGGCAUCCUUGAAGAAAAUGAGCUUUUUGCAGUUUUGCUGAGUAUGCUUCAGGCAAUCAACCACAUGCACUCGAUGGGUAUCCUUCACUUGGAUGUCAAACCGUCGAACAUCUUCAUCUCAUCUGAAGGUAGUUCAUGUAAGUUAGGCGAUUUUGGCUUAGCAUUCGACCUGAACCAGGAUUCGAUGGAUUCGGCUGAAGAAGGUGACAAGUACUACAUGGCCCCGGAAAUUCUCAACAACCCUCCGACAACCGCAGCUGACGUUUACAGCCUGGGAAUGACUCUCUUGGAACUAGCGACAAGUGUUGACCUUGACAAGGAUAAGCAGUCUAUAAGGAAUGGAGAAAUCCCUACAAAGUGGUUCGGAGGUGAGGCUUACUGA